CUGAUGCGCCACCACCUUGCAGAUCAUGCACGAUUCUUUUUGGAGCGAAGCACCGAUUUUCUGGUCGAUUUUCGGUUCACUAAUGGCCUUGGCACGCGCCGUCCAGGGUCCAUAUGUACGCUGCACCUAUGGCGUCAUUGCCCUGCGGUCGCGUAUGUACUGAUUGGCGGUUCAUCGACAAUAUGGCUAUAAAUGGUAAACCGAGAUGUGUCGGCGCAGAUCGCUGGUCUCUGAGAACAGGAUCCAAAAUGGGGGGUAAAAAAUGGGCAGAGAAGAUUCUGCAGGUUUGCGACCCUCGCUACCCGAGAUCCCCACACGAAGCCAUCCGAAUGAACGCUGCGAGGACAGGUGUGCGCUCCACAACCCCCGCAGCUAGAAUCAAUUAG